GGCAUCACUUUGAAAACCUGCCGACGUCACGGCCGCAAUGGUGGUGCAUCAUGCCGUGGACUUCCUUGAGGAUUUCUUCCUGAGCAUUGGCCCGGGAGACGAGCCCAAGUUCCCGCACGUGCCAAAAGCUCUUCGAAGCGUCUGGUACUUGUCGCCACGCCAACAUGCGCUGGAAACCAUUGUGUACGUGACUGUGUUUGCCCCCAUGUGCUACUAUGCGGUCAAGCAAGCGCUCAAGCAUCCCAAGUGGAAGAACCAGCGGCCAAUUCGCGCGCCGACGGCGUUCGAUUGGGUCUUGGGGGUGGUCACAAUGUCGUCGUUCUUGGGGGUUUGCUACUACAAAGCGCAUUCCACAAACGGAUGGCGUCUGCUUUACAUGUUCCAGCCGUGCCAUGUCAUGACUUUUUCCUUGGCGAUCCUCUGCAUCGCGCGAGGUCGAGCUGCCAACUUUAUCUUCCAGGUAUACGUGGCCAUGACAUGGUCGUCAGAUUGUGCCUUGAUUUUCCCCGACACGAGCGACUACAUCUACAUCGGCGACAUCUACAACUUUUACAUCGAGCACUACCUGAUGCUGAUCAUUCCCGUACUACUUUGUCUGUCUGGGCGAUAUGAGUACAUUGGCAGCCCGAGCUGGAUCCUCUUUGGAUUCACAGUCAUUGCGCUGUACCAUGCGAUUGUGUUGCAACUGGCUUGCUUGGUCACCGAGGUCAACAUCGCCACUCUCAUGUCGCCACCAAGCGUGCUCCGCAGCUUGGGCGAAUGGUACCGUCCGGCUCAGUACGGCAUGUGUUUUGUCCUGCACUGGGUGCACAACCUAUCGAUCUCGGGCGCCGUGGCGCUCGUGUCCUCGUCCAAGGUGCUCAAGCCGCUCAUGUCCCCCAAGCAACAUUGAAACUUCUCGUGAUGGAAGCCCAAGUGUAAUGUAAAUACCACCUCAACAUUCGGGCCUGUUUACGCUAUCGUUGGAGUUGAAAGAUAGAACCGAACGAGUCUCUAUUCUGC